CUGGGCUUUCGCCCUUCGCCCCGAGUGUCCGCAGACCCAGCCCCGGGUCGGGGGGUCCUGCAGGCGGCUACUGGGGCUAAGAUCGCGCGUGAUUGGCCGGCAGACAAGCGGGGGGCCGAGCCCUGGGACUGACCCUGGGCCGGGGCGGAGCUGCCUAUCGCGCCCCUUCCAGGCCAGAGGACUAAGGCCAGUCGCGCGCUGCACGGAGCCUGACCCAGAGAAUCUUGAUGCUGGCCCAGAUCAGAGACUGAGCUGGACUGCUGGAGCCUUGGCCAGCUACAGGCCAGAGUUUGUACAGGUUUUUGGAAGUGCACCUCCGGACUUCAGCCAGGAAGAAGGCCGCCUUGAUGCCUUUGAGGAAAUCCCCGUGGCCCUGGUGAGCCAGGGGUCCCUAGGCUGCCUGCAAAACAGGAAGCGCCCGUUCCAGGAACACCAGCGGCAGGAGGCUUUGCUCUGUGUGUCUGGCGCCUCCGGAGCGGCUGGCCUCCGGAGCGGCUGGCCUGAGUUUUGGCGCAGGGUGCCAGGGGCGAUGGCGCUGCAGCUCUGGGCCCUGACGCUCCUGGGCCUGGUGAGCACAAGUGUGGGCCUGCGGCCCCGCAAGCUGGGCUUCUUCCGCAGCGAGACAGAGCUGAACCACCUGGUUGUGGAUGAGGCCACGGGUGUGGUUUACCUGGGGGCAGUCAACGCGCUUUACCAACUGGGUGCUGACCUGCAGCUGGAGCAGCAGGUGGCCACGGGUCCGGCCCUGGACAACAAGAAGUGUACACCGCCCAUUGAGGCGAGCCAGUGCCACGAGGCCACGCUAACCAACAACGUCAACCAGCUGCUGUUACUCGACCCCCCCAGGAACCGCCUUGUUGAAUGUGGUAGUCUCUUCAAGGGCAUCUGCGCCCUGCGGGCCCUGAGCAACAUCUCCACACGCCUCUUCUAUGAGGACAGCAGCGGCGAGAAGUCCUUUGUGGCCAGCAACGACGAGAGUGUGGCCACAGUGGGGCUGGUGAGCGCCGCAGGCCCCGGCGGUGAGCGCAUGCUGUUCGUGGGCAAGGGCAACGGGCCGCAUGACAACGGCAUCAUCGUGAGCACGCGUCUCCUGGACCGCAUCGCCGGCAGGGAGGCCUUUGAGGCCUCUACGGACCAUGCUGCGUACAAGGCUGGCUACCUGUCCACCAAUACGCAGCAGUUUGUGGCCGCCUUUGAGGAUGGCCUCUAUGUUUUUUUCGUCUUCAAUCAGCAGGACAAGCACCCCCCGCGGAACCGCACGCUGCUGGCCCGGCUGUGCAAGCAGGACUCUUUGUACUACUCCUACCUGGAGAUGGACCUGCAGUGCCUUGACCCCAGUGAUGCCCCGGCACCCCCCUUCAGCACCUGCCUGGCAGCCUCCUUGGCUACACCGGGUGCUGGCAGAGUCCUCUAUGCUGUCUUCAGCAGAGAUGGCCGGGGCGGUGGGGGGCCCCGUGCGGGCCUCUGCCUGUUCCCACUGGACGAGGUCCAUGCCAAGAUGGAGGCCAACCGCAACGCCUGCUACACAGGCACCCGGAAGGCGGGCCGUGAUACCUUCUACAAGCCCUUCCACGGCGAGAUCCAGUGUGGCGGCCACGGGCUGGGCGCCAGUGAAAGUUUCCCGUGUGGCUCGGAGCACCUGCCCUACCCGCUGGGCAGCCGAGACGGGCUCACGGCCACGGCUGUGCUGCAGCGCCGAGGCCUGAAUCUGACCGCUGUGACGGUGGCUGCUGAGAAUGGCCACACUGUUGCCUUCCUGGGCACCUCGGAUGGCCGGGUCCUCAAGGUGUACCUGGCUCCGGAUGGCAGCUCCACGGAGUAUGGCUCUGUCCUUGUGGAGAUCAACAAGAGAAUCCAGCGAGACCUGGUGCUGUCUGCAGACCUGGCCACUCUGUAUGCCAUGACUCAGGAUAAGGUGUUCCGGCUCCCCGCGCAAGAGUGCCUGAGCCACCCGACCUGUGCACAGUGUCGCAGCUCACAGGACCCCUACUGCGGCUGGUGUGUCGUCGAGGGGCGAUGCACCAGGAGGGCCGAGUGCCCACGGGCUGAGGAGAGUGGCCACUGGCUGUGGAGCCGCAACAAGUCCUGUGUGUCUGUCACUGGGGCCCAGCCACAGAACAUGAGCCGCCGGGCCCAGGGGGAGGUGCAGCUGAAUGUCAGUCCCCUCCCAGCCCUGGGCGAGGAGGAUGUGCUGCUGUGUGUCUUCGGUGAACUGCCGCCACACCCUGCCCACGUGGAGGGGGACACCGUCGUCUGCAGCUCCCCAAGUAACAUUCCUGACACGCCACCCGGCCAGGACCACGUGGCCAUGAAUAUCCAGCUUCUCUUCAGACGUGGCAGUGUCUUUCUCACUUCCCACCUGUACCCCUUCUAUGACUGUCGGGAGGCCAUGAGCCUGGAGAAGAAUCUGCCGUGCAUCUCCUGCACAAGCAACCGCUGGACAUGCCAGUGGGACCUGCGCUACCAUGAGUGUCGGGAAGCCUCACCCAACCCCGAGGAUGGGAUUGUCCGUGCCCACAUGGAGGACAGCUGCCCCCAGUUCCUGAACCCCAGCCCACUGGUCAUCCCCAUGAACCAUGAAACACACGUGACCUUCCAGGGCAAGAACCUGGACACAGCGAAGGGCCCCUCCCUGCACGUGGGCAGCGACCUGCUCAAGUUUGAUGUGUCAGUGGGCACACAGGAGUCAGGAGCCUUCUUCUUUCGCACCCCGAAGCUGUCCCAGGAUGCCAACGAGACACUGCCCCUGCACCUGUAUGUCAAGUCCUACGGCAAGAACAUCGACAGCAAGCUCCAAGUGACCCUCUACAAUUGCUCAUUUGGCCGCAGCGACUGCAGUCUGUGCCUGGCCGCUGACUCCACCUACAAGUGUGUAUGGUGUGGUGGGCAGAGCCAGUGUGUGUACGAGGCCCUGUGCAGCAACGCCACAUCUGAGUGUCCACCACCUGUCAUCACCAGGAUCCAGCCUGAGACAGGCCCACUGGGUGGGGGCAUUCGUGUCACCAUAUUCGGAUCCAAUUUGGGGGUGAGAGCAGAUGACGUCAAGAGGGUCACCGUGGCUGACCAGAACUGCACCUUUGAACCAGAAUGGUACUCUGUGUCUACCCGGAUUGUGUGUACUAUCGGGGGUGCCAAGGCACCCUUCACGAGGGGUGUCAUGGUGGACAUCAAUGGGAAGCUUGGCCACUCACCACCCCACGUCCAGUUUACCUACCAGCAGCCCCAGCCCCUCAGUGUGGAGCCAAAGCAGGGGCCCCAGGCUGGUGGCACCAUGCUGACCAUCAACGGCACCCACCUGGACACGGGCUCUGAAGAAGAUGUGCGGGUGACCCUCAAUGAUGUCCCUUGUAAAGUGACGCAGUUUGGGGCACAGCUCCAGUGUGUCACCGGCCCCCAGUCGACUCUGGAGGAGCUGCCCCUACAGAUCUACUAUGGGGGCUCCCAGGUGCCCAGCCCUGGCGUCACCUUCACCUACCGCGAGAACCCCGUGCUGAAAGCAUUCGUGCCACUGCGGAGCUUCGUUAGUGGCGGCCGCAGCAUCAGCGUCACGGGCCUUGGCUUCAGCCUGAUCCAGAGGUUCGCCAUGGUGGUCAUAGCGGAGCCCCUGCAGACCUGGCGGCGGCGGCGGGAGGCCGGCCCCCUGCGGCCCCUGACGGUUGUGGGCUCGGAGUAUGUGUUCUACAACGACUCCAAGGUCGUGUUCUCAUCCCCGGCGGUCCCUGAGGAGCCUGAGGCCUACAACCUCACAGCACUUAUUCAAAUGGAUGGGCACCGUGCCCUGCUGAGGUCCGAGGCCGGCGCCUUUGAGUACGUGGCUGACCCCACCUUUGAGAACUUCACAGGAGGUGUCAAGAAGCAGGUCAACAAGCUCAUCCAUGCACGGGGCACCAAUCUGAACAAGGCAAUGACGCUUCACGAGGCUGAGGCUUUCGUGGGCGCUGAGCGCUGCGUCAUGAAGACCCUGACGGAGACGGACCUGUACUGCGAGCCCCCGGAGGUGCAGCCCCCCCCAAAACGGCGGCAGAAGCGGGACACAACACACAACCUGCCUGAGUUCAUUGUGAAGUUCGGCUCGCGGGAGUGGGUACUGGGCCGUGUGGAGUAUGACACACGUGUGAGUGACGUGCCGCUCAGCCUCAUCCUGCCCCUGGUCAUUGUCCCCAUGGUGGCCAUCAUCGCAGUGUCCGUGUACUGUUACUGGAGGAAGAGCCAGCAGGCGGAGCGUGAGUACGAGAAGAUCAAGUCCCAGCUGGAGGGCCUGGAGGAGAGCGUGCGGGACCGCUGCAAGAAGGAGUUCACCGACCUGAUGAUCGAGAUGGAGGACCAGACUAGCGACGUGCAUGAGGCAGGCAUCCCUGUGCUGGACUACAAGACCUACACCGACCGCGUCUUCUUCCUGCCCUCCAAGGAUGGCGACAAGGAUGUGAUGAUCACGGGCAAGCUGGACAUCCCCGAGUCGCGGAGGCCCGUGGUGGAGCAGGCGCUCUACCAGUUCUCCAACCUGCUCAAUAGCAAGUCCUUCCUCGUCAAUUUCAUCCACACCCUGGAGAACCAGCGCGAGUUCUCGGCCCGCGCCAAGGUCUACUUUGCAUCGCUGCUGACGGUGGCUCUGCACGGGAAGCUGGAGUACUACACGGACAUCAUGCGCACGCUCUUCUUGGAGCUCAUGGAGCAAUACGUGGUGGCCAAGAACCCCAAGCUGAUGCUGCGAAGGUCUGAGACGGUGGUGGAGAGGAUGCUGUCCAAUUGGAUGUCCAUCUGCCUAUACCAGUAUCUCAAGGACAGUGCCGGCGAGCCACUGUACAAGCUCUUCAAGGCCAUUAAGCAUCAGGUGGAGAAGGGACCAGUGGACGCUGUUCAGAAGAAGGCCAAGUACACCCUCAACGACACAGGGUUGCUGGGGGACGAUGUGGAAUAUGCGCCCCUGACAGUGAGCGUGAUCGUCCAGGAUGAAGGGGUUGAUGCCAUCCCUGUCAAGGUCCUCAACUGUGACACCAUCUCCCAGGUCAAGGAGAAGAUCAUUGACCAGGUGUACCGCACACAGCCCUGCUCUCGCUGGCCUAAGGUUGACAGUGUGGUCCUCGAGUGGCGUCCUGGGUCUACAGCCCAGAUUCUGUCAGACCUUGACCUGACCUCUCAGCGGGAAGGCCGCUGGAAGCGCAUCAACACCCUGAUGCACUACAAUGUCCGGGAUGGAGCCACUCUCAUCUUGUCCAAGGUGGGGGUCUCCCAGCAGCCCGAGGACAGCCAGCAGGACCUGCCUGGGGAGCGCCAUGCCCUCUUGGAGGAGGAGAACCGCGUGUGGCACCUGGUGAGGCCGGCAGAUGAGGUGGAUGAAGGCAAGUCCAAGCGGGGCAGCGUGAAGGAGAAAGAGCGCACCAAGGCCAUCACCGAGCUCUACCUGACCCGCCUGCUGUCCGUCAAGGGCACGCUGCAGCAGUUUGUGGACAACUUCUUCCAGAGUGUGCUGGCACCCGGGCACGCGGUGCCGCCUGCCGUCAAGUACUUCUUCGACUUCCUGGAUGAGCAGGCGGAGAAACAUGACAUCAAGGACGAAGACACCAUCCACAUCUGGAAGACCAACAGUUUACCGCUCCGGUUCUGGGUGAACAUCCUCAAGAACCCCCAUUUCAUCUUUGACGUGCACGUUCAUGAGGUGGUGGACGCUUCCCUGUCGGUCAUCGCACAGACCUUCAUGGAUGCCUGCACACGCACAGAGCACAAACUGAGCCGUGACUCCCCCAGCAACAAGCUGCUCUACGCCAAGGAGAUCUCUACCUACAAGAAGAUGGUGGAAGCUUAUUACAAGGGGAUCAGGCAGAUGGUGCAGGUCAGCGACCAGGACAUGAAUACACACUUAGCAGAGAUUUCCCGGGCACACACAGACUCCCUGAACACCCUUGUGGCCCUGCACCAGCUCUACCAGUACACGCAGAAGUACUAUGAUGAGAUCAUCAACGCCCUGGAGGAGGAUCCCGCCGCCCAGAAGAUGCAGCUGGCCUUCCGCCUGCAGCAGAUUGCGGCUGCACUUGAGAACAAGGUCACAGACCUCUAACCUCUGACCUCUGGCACCACAGUCUCUGGCACAGGUGUGUGAUGGCCAGUGUCAGGCAGCCCCUGGGAAAUGAGGCCGAGUUGGUGGGGCUCAGCCCUUUUCUCUUGCUAGCUGAGGAGGAGCCCCUGCAUCUGAGUGUGGGUGCACCAGGGGAACCCCCACGUUGGAGUUCGUGGCGUGCCAGCACCAGCUCCCUCCUCCAGAACCAGCAUUGGGUGCUCUGCGUCAAGCCUCCUGAGUGAUUCGCGAAUGUGCCUUAUGCCCUGGCGCCACGCUAGGUUGCUGGGGGCAGUUGGGCCUCAGCCUCCACUUCCCAAACACCAGCAGCCACCUCAGAUCCAUGGGCCUGGACUCUGGGGGGAGGUCUGAGUGCCUGUGGCCCCUAGGGCCUGGACCAGACUGUCACGUCUGCCCCACCUGGAUGGGAUGAGAAAAGGUACGAUGCUUUCCUGACCUCACCUGGCCUGCUCUGCAGGGUGCCAGCACUUGGGUGGACUCUGUGCUGUGGGCCCCACCUCAAAGGUCAAGCUGGACGUCAGACGUCGAGGCCCAGGUGGCCAGAGGGGCCCCAGCAGGAGGGGUUCUGGUUACGGCCUGUCAGACAGGCUGACCUGGAGGCCCGGCCCAGGCUUGGGUGUGCCAGGAGCAGCUCCACUAGGGCCACCCUACCCUAAUCCCCUUUUGUAAAUCUUGUUAAUUGUAAAUCAAAUACAGCCGUCUUUCUCACUC